GCCCAGGCAAAAAAGGGCAAACUGGGCCAGUACUCGCACACCGGUGCGCCAGUGGUCGUGAAAACGUCACAUCGGAACCCCAGCAGCGUGCUGCACAACAUGGCUGCUCGACGCGCAGUCUGCACGCUGCUGCUGCUCGCGCCGGCCGCCCCCCUCAUGAUGCCUCACAGCCGGCGUGGCGUCGCACUACAAGCUUUAGCCGAGGAUUUGUUAGCUGCCGAGGGACCACAACUCGCCGAAUUAGUGGAAAACAACUUCGAAGCCAUCGACGCCGAGACGAUGGCAAGUAUACAGCAAGCGACACCGGACGCCGCCGAGCGCAUCAUGAGCGCCUUCGCGGUGGAGACCGAUAAACGGAUGCUGAAGGCGAAGGAACGGCUGGAACACGUGCUGGAUGCGGGCGAAUUACUAGAAAUGGACCGGCGACUCACCACGUUAUUCAAGCAGGGCCAAGCAGAUGCUGCCUUACUCCUAUGUCUGAACGCGAACGUCGAAGCCGCAGACCCGGGCACGGACAAGCAUUCCAUCAUGCUCCACCUCUACACGAGGGCCCAGGAAGAAUUUGAGAAAAAAGCAGAUCCGGCUCGAGCCCUCGUGCACAAGCUCUGUAGGCAGCCGGACGCGCAGAUCCGGGACAAUAUUUUGAGGACCUAUUUGGCGCCUCAAACGGAGUUGAUCGCGCCGGACGCGACGCGCAUACCGUUGGAGACGCCGAUGCCGGCGCAGAUCUCGCAUGCACAGUUCUCGGACGCCGUGGCGUCGACGGUAGAGCAGCUGCGGGGCUUGGACGCCGACGGAGAUUUAGUGAAUGCGAACAUCGAGUGCUGCCGCCAGGUCGCCAUCGAGGCGCGACGGGUGUUGCUGGAGACGGGGGCACCCGAACACGUCCGCGCCUUCGAGGAGGAGCUCGCGAAGACGUGGCCGAUGGGGUCGCCUAAUGGUGGGUAG